GUGCCUGGGGGCAGCAGGCUGUGCGGCAAGGUGCCUGGCAGCGACAGGGCUGCCCGCAGAGCCCCCGAUGGUCCCGCGGGGAGGUCGCCCCUGGCAGAUUCCGCCUCUUUCCCGCAGCCGUCAGCCUCACCCCCUGUCAGCUAACAUGUGGGGGGCUGUGAAAGCGCCUGACUCGGGACUUUCCAGCCUGUCAGUGAAGGGAAACCCAUGCCAACAGGAAGGAGUUCGCCUUGGCUGGGGAAUGCAGGCAGGUUCUGGCCCCGCCAGAGAGCAGCAUUAUUUACAAUAGCCAAGAUCUAGAAACAGCCCAAGUGCCCAUCGACAGAUGAGUGGUUAAAAAAUCUGUGGUGCAUCUACACAAUGGAAUACUAGUUGGCUAUAAAAAAGAAGGAACUCUUAUACCUUUGAGACAGCAUGGAUGGACCUGGAGAAUAAUAAGGCAUCGAGAACAAACUACUUGAAGACCACACUCUAGAGAACCUCUUAAACGCCAGAGAUUGUGAUGAGUGUGAAGAGCAAGGUUAUGAAGAAUGAAAGAGGAAGCUGUGCAGGUGAAAGGAGAGAGAACUCUGGAAAGAAAUGGUUUGGAAAUUUUAUUGGUCAGAUGCCAGGAAUGCAGAUGCAGAUGGGACAGCCAGUGCCAGGAACAGGACCACAGGUGCUCCCUGGUGGAUACCCUGGACACCCAGCUUACUCGAACAAUUACUCCUCAGCCGAAGACCCCAUGUGGACAUACUUUACCGCUGUUGCUGGACAGGAUGGUGAAGUGGAUGCAGAAGAACUUCAGAAAUGUUUGACACAGUCUGGAAUUAGUGGAACUUAUUCUCCCUUCAGUUUGGAAACCUGCAGAAUUAUGAUUGCCAUGUUGGAUAGAGAUUACACAGGAAAAAUGGGAUUUAAUGAAUUCAAAGAACUUUGGACAGCUCUUAAUGCCUGGAAACAAAAUUUCAUAACUAUUGAUCAAGACCGAAGUGGCACAGUGGAGCAUCAUGAGUUGAAUCAAGCCAUUGCUGCUAUGGGUUAUAGGUUGAGUCCUCAGACCUUAAGUGCUAUUGUUAAACGUUACAGCAAGCAUGGCAGGAUCUUCUUUGAUGAUUAUGUGGCUUGCUGUGUGAAGCUGCGGGCUUUGACAGAUUUCUUUAGGAGAAGAGACCACUUGCAACAAGGGGUUGUGAAUUUCAUAUAUGAUGAUUUUUUGCAGGGCACGAUGGCAAUUUGAAUAUCUAGAAUUUGAAAACUAAAGAAAUACUGUGAAUGUUUAUGCUUGGAAGAAAUGAACUGGACUACUUUAAAUUAAAGCUUUUGGGGCUUUUCAUGUUUCUACCUAUUAAAUCUAUUCCGUUUAAUUAAUAUAUAUAUAU